AAACACCUGAACAACACAUUCGAUCAAAACGUCAAUGCAAAGAAUGGAAACAAAAUUGAUAUCCUGUCCUGUCUGUCUCAAACCCCAUUUCGACGGUGUAGACGCGCUUAGAUCGACUUUGGUCAACGUCGCGACGUCGAACCUGUCAUGCCCAGUGUGCAACGAGACUCUACAUGGCUUGGACAAGUUAACAAUACAUUUAUUCGGUCACGUAAGUCACGUGGAAGUUGCUACUAAGGAACAAACUGUGUUGGAGGAAAUCGACAAAAGUAUAGACAGCAUAAGUUCCAGUGAGAAAGUGGAGGAAGUGCAUCGGCGUAAGAAUGUUGGAGAGAAGAAAAAUCAAGAGAAAAACAUCCGAUGUGAUAUAUGCGGGUUCUGUUUCACCGACCAAAACAUCCUCGACAUGCAUCAGAAGUUGCUGCAUCAGACAAUCCCCGAUAAAAAGACUGGGAUAUACAGCUACCACUGUCAUCUUUGCAGCAAAAAGUUUAAGAUGAGAGGGAGCCUUAUGGUGCACCUCAGGGUCGCGCAUUAUGGCUUCAGUCACGAUACCGAUGCACCAUUGACAACGAAUGGCAAGAAAAAAGUUGUGAAAAGUGAAAAUGUUGAGGAGAAUUCGGCCAAAGUGAGCAAUAAGCAGAAGCAACAAGAUAAUAAGCAAUGGGAAUGUGAUGUUUGCUCGAAGAUGUUCACCACCAAAUACUUCUUGAAGAAACACAAAAGAUUACAUACAGGAGAAAUGCCAUACACUUGUUCUCAGUGCAGUAAGUCCUUCACAUUUCAACAAUCCUACCACAAACACAUGCUCUAUCAUUCAUCUGAAAAACCCUACGUUUGCAAUGAAUGUGGGAGAGCCUUUAAAGAACUGUCAACCCUCCAAAAUCAUGCAAGAAUUCACUCAGGGGAGCGACCAUUUGGCUGCGAAACAUGUGGUAAACGGUUUCGUCAAAGAGUAAGCUAUUUGGUGCACCGUAGAAUCCACACUGGGGUUAUGCCUUAUAAAUGUACCGCUUGUGAUAAGAGUUUCCGAUAUAAAGUUAGUCAGAGAUCUCAUAAAUGUCCCGUAAGUCCCUCAGGAAAUGUUAUACGAAUAGCAGAAGUAAGCGAUUCUUCGCAAGGUGCCGAAACGUCUCUGAAUGAGGCAACCAAGAGCAAUUUGAAGUGUAUUAUGUCUGUGGAUUAUACCACUGGAAAUAUUAAUUUUAUACCGGAAAAUGUUGUUUUUGUGGACAAAAAUAAUGAAGUAAUAAAGAAUACGACAGAAAAUACCAACAAUGGUACUUUGAGAUCUCCAACUACAACGGAAUCCAGAGAUUAUUUUUCAAUGGUGAUGUCACCUCUUCUACCCGAAGUAGAAUCGUUGUGUUUAACAAAUAAUUCGCCAGUAGAAAGUCCUCCACACCCUUUAAAUACUGGCCAUAUACCGGUCCAAGUUAUAAAUGAUACUUUAGAUAAAUUACUGUACAAUACAAACAAUAAAUUAUAAUUUUUAUUUAGUUUUUUUUAAUAAACUUAAAAAUAGAAAGUUGAACUUUAAGAUCUUUCCAAUUAAUAUGUAAAAAU